GGUCAAGGAGAGUGGACGAGUGGAGUUCCGCCAUGAAUCGGACAGUAGAAGACGCCGAGGUCGGUCGUGACGGAAGAACCAGGAUGCGAAGUCGGCAGGUCGACGGCGGCCGCUUUCGCGGUUCGGACGCUGAGCGCCUCUCGAGGUCGACGUCGCGACUGUCGGACAGCGCGGACCGCGUCACGUCGUCUGAGCGUCGUGAAGGGAGACUUAGGAACUUCGUCGAGUGAAGUAGAAGUUGGAUGAAGUUUUGGCAAUCAGGCCCUAUGUUUAUUAGUACCGAACCUCAGAAGGUACGACUGGACCCUCCUGGCUGGCACCUAACAGUGCCUCCGUCCUCACCUUCUCACCGAGGAUCGUCCAGUUUUCGAAGUGCUGUUCCCGGUCCACUGGACCGGGACCGGGUGUCCGCGCCGGUUCCGAACCCCAAGCACGACAACAGACCAGCGAAACGCUGUUUUGUGUUGCAGAAAGAGGAUGGGAGAAGGUGUAUCCAUCCAGCGAACAUGCAAUUCGAUGAACACCCGUGUUUUCAUGCUGCAAUUCUUUCACAGAUCUCAACCUCCAGAUCUUUCAGCACACGAACGUCGCCAUUCUCAGUGCCAUGGACAUGGUGCUGUUGUGGCGGCUCUUUUUGACCUUCUUUGUUGGGCAAGCCCAGGAAGAACCUCCUUGUGUGGAUCUACUUCAGCAUCAGCUUCACUUGGAGAAUGCUUCCAUGAUGGCCAUCGACACCGGCCAUGUGGCACAGCAGGCCCCGGCGGGGCCACUGGUGCCCGUGGCGCCGGCACCGCCACCGGUUCCAGCACUCACAAAUCCGGGGUUGAAAGCCAAUGUGGUCAGCUACCAGCUGUGGCAAGCAAAGACCCAGAUCAAUCUGAAUGUGCAGAACAACAUCAAUGAAGCGCCGCCAAAGGAGCCUUCUUGGGAAGAUGGAGACAAGUGGGCCAACGCCAUCGGCGCAUCUCAAGGACUUGCUCAAAGCAUUCAAAGCUGCGCGGCGACCUCCUCGACCGCAACGCCCGGCUGGACCGGCUCGUGUAUUAACACUAUCGGAAAUAAUGCUCUUCAGGUGACCAGCCAGGUGAUGAUGCUUGCAGACGUCUGUAUACCGGAAGGUAUCGUAGCCGCCGGGGUGGGCGAGAUGGUGAUCUCGCUUCUCUUCGGCGGCAGCAGCAGCAGCAGCAGUCCGAGUCCCCCCCCAAUGAAUGCUCAACAAUUGGUGGACGCCGUUGAGCUUGGAACUUUGUCGACGACCUGUACGUUAAUGUCGAAUUCUGUGCAGGAUGUCAUUGCUAGCUUGCAGACAAUCCUCUCUGCCACAUCGCAAAACUAUUGGUCGGUGUCAAAUUGGGAUACUUGGACUGGAUCAUCUCCUCAAUCGAUCCUCUAUGCUCAACAGCAGUUGCUUACGUUUGCACAAGAUUGCAUUCAGACCUAUGCGCAAACCACCUUUUUGAAGAGUACGAGUGACUUCGUUGGAUCCUUUAGCCCUCAGUGCAAGAGCACGUGCGGCACGGAGGAUGCGUACAAUCAACAUUAUACGGCUUGCAGCGGGGGUGCACAGCAACUUAACCAAUGGCUAACGACUUGGGACGCGAAUGUGCAGUUGUUUCUGAAUGCAACCUCACUUUUUGGCGCCGCGCGCUCCGCUGUCCAAGCUAUAGCAAGAGCCAAUGUCCUGGACUACACUCUGUCGGAAGUGAAUACUUACAAAAACUUUAUCGCAAGCACUCAGUCGCUCACACCAUGGGUGCUUUUGCUUACGAAGCUUCAACAUGACAUGUGUGACCAUUGCUAUGGGAGCCAGCAGUGGCCAAUCAUCAAGUGCAGUGGGAGUGGCAGCCAAGAACAAAGAGAAAAGAUGAUCACCUUGAUGGGGCAAAUGGUCACAAACACGUUGAAGGGAUUUGACGAUAUGGGUCUUACUACAAGCGUGGACACAAGUUGGGUUGACUUGCCGUGCAAAUCUUGUCCUCCAGGCUGGAUUCCUGUCGGAAAAUGUGAACAAACAAAUCCCGGUGCGGCUUGGUUCGAUGGUGGAACCCAGAGCUGUGUGUCUAGCUGUGGAUGCAUGGAACACGUCAACAAAGGUUGCUACAAGGUUUUUGCAGAUUUGGCAAACCAAAACCCCUGGCCCCUCCCCCCACUGCCGUCACCUCCAGCCACCGGGCCGCCGAUCAGAAUCAAUGUGACCAUGAUCCAACACAACGGCCUGUGUGUGCAUCAUACUUCGAAGGCCCUUCUUCACUCGUGCAGCUCCUCAUCAGACAAGAAGCUCUUUGCGGUGAUGUCCCAGAACUUCCUCUUCCCGGACCCCAGUUCCAGCACACCGAUCUCUUCCACGUCAGAGCCUUAUUGCUUCUUUGCAAAGGAGGGGGCCCUCGACAUUGGCACAGGCAGCGACUGCCAAAGCGGUUGGCAGUUCCAACAUGUGGCAGCGAAUGGCGCAGGAUCUCCACCCGGCACUUGGCCUGUGCAGAUUGUCGCCAAUGGUUUGUGUUGGACGGUGUCCGGCUCAUCACUUGUACUAUCCAAGUGUGCACAGGCCAGCGCUCAGCAGACUUUUGUACUCGUUCAGCCUUAGAUGGCCGAUCUUUUCACAUCUUUUCACAUCUGUUCGAAAAGGACAGAGUUAUCAGAGUUCUACCCACAGUUUGCUCGGUAAUAAAAGACACCGAUGUUGGAGCGAGUUGGUGGGUAUGGCGUGGUCGGGAGCUGCCACGACGGUGGAACUCUGGCUUCCACACCAGCAGUCACCAUUCUCGGGGAAUUGGAUGUGGAUAUUAUAUAUAUAUAAUAUAUAAUACGAUAAAUAUCCUCAGUUGGUCGCGUGAACGCAGAAAACACAUGUGAAGAUGGUGCCAUGUGUUUGUUCGAAAUUCACGCUUUUCGGACAGACAGCGCCCAGGUUGUCUUCCCUCGUCCGCUCUCCAGCGACACGGUGCCGGGAUGAUCCUCUCGACUUCGGCAUCCGAGCGGGCAGACUUGGUCGGGGGCGUGCGGCAGUUGGAUCCGUCCGAUGUGGAUCGAAAUCAGUCCUCGACUUCUGGAUCACACGGAUGUACCGUGGUAUACUUUGAAAGAUGGGAGUACCCAGACACGAGUCUGCGACUGCCGGACUGCCCCAGAAAGACCACCCCGGUCGGCCACUUCCCUUUGACGCGUUGUUCGUGCAUAGCAAGAUCGGACCUCAUCGCGCAGCAUGGUGCAAACGCGGCAGGAAAUGAUCGAGG